UGUUGUUGGCGAAAAAACAUGGCUGCGCCCUGAGAGAUCAUGUUGGAUUAAUCUGUUUGUGAACCAUUACACAUUAGUAGUGCAAAAUACAUUGAUAUACAGGUUUAUUAAUUUAAAACAGAGGGAAUAAUGAAGACGUUUUGCGGUCGUGCUAAUCCAACAACCGGGGCGCUGGAUUGGGUCGAGGAGAGCGAGGAUUAUGAUUAUCAUCAAGAGAUUGCGAGGUCAUGCUAUGCAGAUAUGCUUCAUGACAAAGACCGGAAUGAGAAAUACUACCAGGGUAUUCGAGCAGCGGUGAGCAGAGUGAAGGCACGGGGGGAACGGGUGGUGGUUCUGGACAUCGGCGCGGGCACUGGUCUGCUUUCCAUGAUGGCAGUGACUGCUGGAGCCGACUUCUGCUAUGCCAUAGAGGUGUUUAAGCCCAUGGCACAAGCUGCUGUUUGCAUUGUGGAGAGGAACGGAUUCUCAGACAGAAUCAAAGUCAUCAACAAACACUCCACUGAGGUUACAGUCGGUCCAGAUGGAGACAUGCAAGAGCGAGCAAACAUUCUUGUCACCGAACUCUUCGAUACCGAGCUGAUUGGUGAAGGAGCGUUGCCAAGCUAUGAGCAUGCGCACAUGCACCUGGUCCAGGUGGGUUGUGAGGCCGUGCCACAUCGUGCCACAAUUUAUGCCCAAUUGGUGGAGUCGGACAUGCUUUGGAAAUGGUCACAAAUUCAGCCUAUAGAGGUGGACGGACACAGACUGCAGCCUCCUCCAUCUGUAAUAAAGUGUGCCGGAGUGCCCUCCGUCUGUGACAUUCAACUUAGCCAGGUGUCCCCACGAUCGUUCACGCCCCUUGGACCCAUCUGCACCAUGUUCAGUCUUGAUUUCAGCAAGCCGGUCAGCAGUGCUGCCGGCUCCUACACAGCACAAUUCAAAGCCCAGUCGAGCGGAAGAGCGCAGGUGGUCUUAUCCUGGUGGGACAUCGACAUGGACCCUGAUGGCAACAUUGUGUGCACAAUGGCCCCCAGCUGGGCCUGUUCUAAACCUCAGUCUUUCCCUUGGAGGGACCACUGGAUGCAAAGUGUCUAUUUCCUUCCUGCUGAGAAGAAUGUGGCAGAGGAGGAAGAAACCAGUUUAACAGUUUCCCAUGAUGACUACAGUCUCUGGUACAGCCUGACAGACAGUCAGCAAAGUGAUACCAAAGUGACAUCUUUCCGGCCGUGCUGUACCUGUCAGGCCCACCUGGUCUGGACGAGGCCUCGCUUUGGAGAACUGAACGAUGAGCAGAGAACUGAGAGUUACGUGAGCGCACUACGCAAUAUUCUGAAACCAGACAGUGUUUGUUUGUCAGUCAGUGAUGGAAGCCUGUUACCCAUCUUUGCACAUCUGCUUGGAGCUAGGAAGGUGUUUAGUUUGGAAAGCUCCGGAAUGGCGAGACGAGUGAUUGAUCAGGUGCUGCAAACAAAUUCACUGAAGCAUGCAGUGCAGAUACUGGGAAUCCGACCUGAGCAACUCUCUUUAAAUGACUUAGAAGGAAAUCAGAUAUCAGUGCUGAUGAGCGAGCCGUACUUCAGCACCAGUCUGCUUCCCUGGCAUUCCCUGUUCUUCUGGUACUGCCGCACUGCUGUGGCACAGCUCCUCCACCCAAAUGCAACUAUACUGCCCUCUGCUGGCACGCUUUACAUAGUUGCUGUUGAAUUCCAGGAUCUGUGGAGAAUCAGAGCUCCCUGUGGUACCUGUGAGGGUUUCGAUGUCAGUCCCAUGGACGAGAUGAUUCGGCGAUCUUUGGAUUUCCGUGAGUCUUGGGAGGCAGAACCACACCCCCUUUGGGAAUACCCUUGUCGUGCCCUUGCCAAGCCACGUCCGGUCAUGACAUUUGACUUUACGCAAUGUGUUCCAGAGCAACCAAUCAACAAACAGGGAACUGUGCCAUUCACAAGGAGAGGAUGUUGCCAUGGUGUUGUUCUCUGGAUGGAGUAUCAGCUGACGGAUGACAUCACUGUAAGCAUGGGCCUGACCAAACCAGUUAAUGAAGAGGGGGCUUGUGAAUGGAACCCACAUCGAAAACAAGGAGUCUUUUUCUUCAGAUCUGCGCUUGAAAUUUCUGGGGACGAAAGGGAAGGUCUUUCAUACAGUUUAACCUUUGAACCUCAUAUUGGUGACAUCAAAAUGGACUUCUCUGUCACCAAUCCUUGACCAAUGGACUCUAGUCAACUGUCAGACGUUUACAUUUGGUUUUGAAAGAUUAUCCAAAGAAUUUCAAAUACUGUGAUCUUUUUUCAAGAGCUGACUGCUGUUUUUAUCCUCGCUGUAAUAUUCCCUUAUCUACAGUUAUAGACCUCCAGUAACCUUACAGGGUUUGCAGUGCGAACAGAUUGAAGUUAU